AUGAAAUUCAGUGCAACAUUGCACGACGCUUCUGCAAUCGACACUUUUAUCAGUACUAAAAAGGUUUUUGGAUACGAAAAUAUAAAUUUUGUUUGCAGAAAUUCUAUCAGCAACCACUCGGCUUAGCAAAAAACGAUGUUGCGUAAAAAUAGAGAAAUCAAGUGGGAUUAUGUUUCGGUACGCUUGUAAUACUCGUUUUUCCAGCUCUUAACUUUAUCAGCUGUUCUGGACUCCAUGAUGGUGGCGCUUGGUUUAAUUUGGCCGUUCCGAAGAGCAGCCAACUUUUUUGGAAAUUUGUAGGUGCCUCCUUGAAUAAAAAUUAAAUUAAAAAAAAGUUUUGUUGCAGGAUAUGGUGGGGAUGCAUCCACGAAAUGAAGAGCAAAAUCUGAUUUAUUUCGAAAUCGAUAUCGACAGUUUAAUGCGAGUUCUGCCCGGCGGACACUGUUACCUAAAGCUGAAGCUCUCGAAGAGUCAGGUUUCAAAGAUGGUUUCUUAUUUGAAACGUGCUGUGUUUUAGAAUGACGAGCCAAUUUUGGCAGUAGAAGUACGGAACUCGGGCUCAGAUAUCGUCAAUCAUCAGGUUCCCGUCGCAAUUGUGCUCACAAAGUACUGGAAUACGUACGCAAGGCCGUCAAUUGGACACAGAAAGGUCGGGAAAUCGGUCUGUGUCACGAAAACAGCAAACAACGGAUUCAGAUGGCAAUCACGAUGCCGCCCCCAAAAGCAGUUUCCCGUUUCUUGCACGCAUUCAAAAAUAUGAAUGUACGGGUUGUGGUACGAACAAAAUUAUCAUAAUGUGUGAUUUUCUCUUUCCAAUUUUAGAAGUUCACUGCGAGCAGGUCAGGCGACUUGAGGAUAUCUGCAAAUACAGACCAAGGCGGCAUGGACGUCAGUUUUUCGGAUCUCCACGCAAAUACAGCCGAGUCGGACAGUCAAGACGACACGGCCAAAGUGCAGCUCAUGAUCAAAAACAUCGGAACGUUGUUCCAAAGCUUUUCGACCACAAGGGCCCGUGUCAAAAUGAGUGAGCCCCGAGUCGAGCCGUCAGUCUAUUAAAUGAGCUUCUUCCCUUCAGAUAUCAUCUCAAAUCGGAUGGCCGAGUUCAACAUACACAACGAAGACUACGUCCUCUCGUUCAUCGUCGGAAAUGUGUCAGAUUGA